AUGACCAUCUGUCUUGAGGAGAGCUUGCAAUCUUAUGAGGGCUUGCAUGAGAAAAGGACCCUUGCAGUGAUCGUGGCGGCCAUGGCGUAUAACUCAUGGUUCACCAAACUUUAUUGCAAAGACUUUCGCAUUAGUUCAGAGGUCGUAGAACAGAUUGUGCACACUGUCAGUAAAUCCAGCAGUCUGGAGGAGCUCACGCUAGAAAACGUGGGCCUUAAAGCAGAUUUCCCACAGAAAAUGGCCACUGCCCUGUCAGAAAACCCAGCAUCAGUCAUACACUCCAUUAACUUGGCCCACAAUACACUGGACAACCAAGGGGUGUCUAACCUUAUCCAGCAGGUGUGUCGGCUCAGUAAAGGCUUGCGCCUGCUUAACCUCUCCAAGACCUCGCUCUCUUCAAAGGGUGUCACGUCUCUUUCUCAGGCCCUGUGCUCCAGUGAUGACUACUCCAACUCUCUUCUUCAUCUGGACCUGAGUAAGAACCCAGGGAUUCUGUCUGGAGAGGAUGCAACGAAUCUGUACCUGUUCCUGGCACAGCCGAACUGCCUGGUGCAUCUGGACCUGUCAGGCACUGACUGUACCGUAGACUCUUUAUUUGGAGCUCUGCUGCGGGGCUGCUGUGCCGAUCUCUCCUACUUGAACCUGUCCAAAAACUCAUUCUACCACAGGAAAGUGAGAGAGACACUUCCCUCCUUCCGUCAGUUCUUCAGUUCAGCAUUCAGCCUCACUCACAUCAGUCUGGCGUCUAUGAAGAUGCCUCCCGACGUGCUGAGGGCUCUGUUCCUUGGGCUUUCAUCCAAUCCUCACAUCACUGACCUACACCUGGACAUCAGCGGCUGCGAGCUCAGGUCUGCUGGAGCAGGGAUAAUACAGGACCUGUUCCCCAGAGUCUCCUGCAUCAGCACACUGGACAUCUCAGACAACGGGCUGGAUGCUGAUCUCUUCUGUGUCAUUCCUGCCUUCUCCAGACACCCGUCCCUCAAACACCUGCUGCUGGGCAAGAACUUUAAUAUCAAGGGCAGGGUUCUGGAUGAGGUUCUGCAGAAACUAGUGCAUCUUGUGCAGGAGGAAGAGUGUACCCUGCAGAGCUUGUCUCUGGCUGACUCCAGGCUGCGUUCGAGGGGCACGGUGCUUGUGAAUGCCCUCGGCAGCAACGCCUGCCUGAAGAAGGUGGAUUUGAGUGGGAAUGGGCUCGAUGACACAGGAGCAAAGAUGCUUAGUAAAGCUCUGCAGAUCAACACCACACUUAG